AUGCGCAGGCUACUGCGGGAAGUGCUCGAGGGGUCUACGAAGCGGCUGCUCAAGUCGUUGGCCCUGACCGAUGACGUCCGAAGCUCCGCUAACUGCCUCGUCUCCAUCGCUGCCUCCGACCUCCCGCAGCCUCUUUCUCGCUUCUUCCUCCGCCUCCCCGGCGUCAACCCCAAUGGCUUUCUAUGCCCUCUCCUCCACAUCGCCUGCGCCCUCGGGCGACUCGAGUGCGUGCAGCUGCUGCUGCGGCUGGGAGCGUCGAGCAACUGGUUCAUGGAGGACUACCAGACUCCCCUGCACGUCGCCUUCCUCUUCGAACGCUACGACGUCUGUCGCGUCCUCGUCGCGGCUGGCGCCAGCAUCGAGGCGAGGGACGGGGACGGGCGGGCGGUGCUGCACACGGCAGCGAGCAAGGGGAACGUGGAAGCAGUUCGGUUCCUGCUGGAGCUGGCGGCCGACGCGUACGUGGUGGAUCACAACGGCUACUCGGCCCUGCAUGCGGCAGCUGAGCAGGCGCAGGCUGCGACAGCUCGAGAGCUGCUGGAGGAGGAGCCCGGGCUGGCGCUGCUGCUGAGCCUCAACCAUCACAUCAACGCUAAGGGACGAGACGGCAUGUCCGCCCUCCAUCACGCCUGCCAGCUGGGCUGGUUGCAGGCGGUGGAGCUGCUGCUGGACAAGAAGGCGAACGUGGAGGACGUGGAGCUCGAGACAGGCUUCUCCUGCCUCCUCCGCGCCAUCGACAGCCAGCAGCUCUCAGCUGCCUCCCUACUGGUCAAGAAAGGCGCCAACAGAAGCUUCGUCGCGAGGACCGGAACCUCCGCCCUCCACCUAGCGAGCAGGCAGGGCAUGACGUCCGUGCUCGAGCUCCUGCUCUCC